AUGGAGCGAUUCACCUGCUCCGUUUCCUGGCAGGGCCAAGGAAUGUUGGCAGUGGUUAUUGGCUCUUGCACGUCCGCCCAUGAUAUUGCCCACGACUUUGUUGAGAAGGGCUAUGAGGUCACAAACGCACAGAAGUCCAAUACGACGGUUGUGUCAACUGAUGCCCUCAUGGAUUCGAUGCAAGGACUUUUUGCAGAAGACGGUCCACCAACAGAGGAUGCCGAUCUUGUGAUGAAUGGGAUGCUGAUGUCUUUACUUAAAACCAUGCAGGUCCAAGCCAGCAAGAAGACGUGCAACUAUGAUAGGGAUCUGCUUGAAGGCCUUACUAAGGCGGGCUAUAAGCUUGACGAUGGACCGCGUGAGUCCGGUAUGAUGUUUAAAUUCUUUCAACGGGCCGGCGGCUAUUACAUUGAUUCCGGGACAUCACAGCUUAUUGUAGAUGGAAGGAUUAAGAUGGCAAAAUCGCACCAGAUUGCAGAAAUCCUCCCCCACGGUGUCAAGUUCGUCGAUGGAUCAGAAACCAAAGCAGACGAGAUCGUGUUUGCUACGGGAUAUCAGAGUAUGAGGACACAGACGCGUCAGAUUUUUGGUGAUGAGAUUGCCGACCGGGUGCCCGAUGUCUUCGGUUUCAACGAAGAGGGUGAGUUUCGCGGGCUUUGGCAGAGGACAGGGCAUCCGGGAUUCUGGUUCCAUGGGGGUAGCUUGGCUCUGUGCCGCUACUACUCACUGUUGUUGGCACUGCAAAUAAAAGGAUUGGAGGAGAAUCUCUAUAGCUACAACAAGAUUUGA